AGGUCGAUCGUUGGAGCUACCGCUGCGUGAGCAGAGUAGGGGUGUUUUGGGCGGGGUUGAUCUAACUGUGUGAUUGGAGAGCUGACGUGCCAGAAGCCUUUGCGGCCUCGUGCUGCUAACACCUCGACGACAUGGAGGAGGAUGCCGGUGGCCAGUACACGGACAUCGAGUGUGCCCUGUAUACCAACUGCUUGCUCCUGGGAUUCGAUGCACACCGAGCGCAGGUGGAAUUUUCUAGGGGAAUGUUUCGCCAUUCUAAUCCCAAAGGAGGGGAGGCGAUCCUCUACUUCUUGUUCAGUUGCGUGCGGCCCCAGCAAGUGGCAAAGGAUUUUCAUGGCGUGUGGCCGAUUUUUGAUGCGAGGCAAGCACGUGAUUUCAAGAAGGUUGUACAGUCCCUUAUUAGUGAUUUGGAGAAUGUUGGUGCAUUGCCGAAGAGCAAUUCGAGGAUAUCGGCGCUUGCAACCUGCUGUGGAGAAAGGUUCAUUGAGAUGCUGUGGCAUCUUUCAGCUCAUGCUCUCCGUGAGGUCUAUCGCCGGACUUAUGCUGAAGAUGUGGCUGCAAACCCUCUUCCUGCGCCUCUGACAUCUUUAAUGUGGCAGACUUCACAUGCUCCAGCCCUGCUUGGUAUAACAAAGGGGAGGAUAGCUCUUGAACGAAGACGAUUUCUGGAGGUGGCUGCCGCGACUGUUCAGAAGCAGUCACAAUGGAUUUCAGCUGCAGAGGACAUAACCCAGGAGUAUCGAAACAUGAGGGCUGAGGAGGCUUACCUUGAGCAGGAGCAAGAACGACUGGCUAUGAAUGAUGCACGGUGUGCAGUUGGAAUGGGUGGCCUUCUGGUCGAUGAGAAGGCUUUGCGGAUUGGAUUUUGGGAUGGCGCAAAUGCAGCAGGACCCGAUGAGGAUGGGGAAGUUGAUAUGAGGCGCUUGGAACGCACACAUGCUGUGAUGCAGGCAACAGAACUGUGGGACUCGUUGAUGAAUCAUGCAGAAAGAGGAGAGCAGCUUGCAGCAGGACCGUUGGGUGACAUUGUUGCAUGGCGUGAGCACCGGUACUGCAUUGAUGGCUCUAUGUUGAGAAAAGGUCAGCAGAAUCGGAAUCAGUCGCGCAUCAUGUUCAAUGAUGUGGGUGGUGGCAUAGGAGGGCCAGUGGGUGGACGUGAGGCCCCAGGUAAUCAUCUUGACCACAGGGGUUCUGUAAGGCCAAGUCAAAGCGGUGAUCGCAGUUUUGCUGGCUCACCUCGGAGUGCAAGGUGUGAAGCAGGGUUGGCCACGAAGGAUGACACUUCAGAAGAUGACCAGACAGGAAUUGUCGAUCUGGUUGAGGUUGUGAGGCGGUGGAUGCACCCUCUUGAACGACUGCAGAAACACAUAAUGCGCAUGGCAAAAGGUAACAAUGGAGACGGCCCAGAUCUCUUGGCGGAUACUGACAGCAGCCACAGGGAUGUGCUUCGGCGACUGCUGGAUGAGCAUCGCCAUCAUCUCGAGAGUCUACAGUUGCUUGUGGCAACAGUGAAAGAGGAGUUACCUCGGUCAGAGACCUCAAUCCAGAUGCUCCGACGUGAUUUGACAAAAGAUAAUGCGGUCUCAGGAAGCAGUGAGCACGCGGAUAGCAGAUCCUCGAGGAGCAGUUUUGAUACGGUUGGGAGCAAUGGGGCAUCUCUUGCUGGGCAAAGUUUGUCCACCAUACUGAGCCCAAGAGGAGCUGAUGUACUGGCAAUGGCUUCAUCAGCCAUGAACUCGUCUUUGCGAGAUGAAGAUUCCGGCAAAGGGGCUGGGGUGGAGAGUGAGGGCAAGCUUUCAUCAAUCCCUCCCACUCCCACUGCGAAGUUUCUUUCUGUACCUGGUGGAAAGGCACUGUGGCAGAACAUGGGUGGGAGUGCCAAUGGCACAACACCAUGGUCCUCAGAGAAAGUGAGGGGUGAUGGCGGUAGUACAGCAGAGUCAUCGGGGGAGUCUGCUCCCCAAGCAGAUGGAGGCAGGGAAGAUGUAAAUGCCCUUGCUUGUCUUCGUUCAUCAUUGCUAGCUGAGGCUAGGUCUUCGGGGAGGAGGGCGCGAAGAUGGACAACUGAUUUUGAUGGAAUAGGUGGCAUCCAUGAUGGGUUGCAGAGACUAAGAAUGUCAACUGACGAGCGUUCUUCUCCUGCUACCAGAGGCCUUUCGCAGUCGACAGACAACAGUCUACGUGCACUUGCAUUGGAGGGGGAAGACCAGGUGUAUGGCCUUGAUGAACCAGGGUGCGCAGGCAGAGGCAGGCCAUCUGUAGCCAUUGCUCCACACCGACCACUGGAAGAGAGCAAACAGGGAGAGGAAAGUGAUAGCAGUACAAAGCUUCUGGUUGAGAAUAUUGAAAGCAAUGGUUCACAGGUCGGCCCAGGAGACGGCGUUCCUAAACAAGUUGACACAGAUGCAGAGUCAGCUGGGAAAAGUUCUUGUAGCGGGCCAGGAAUGAAGCCUCCCCCUUCGAUGUCCCCUGUCCGCACGAACUCGAAGGCCAAUCGAAUGGGGAUUGGCUCCUGGUUCCGGAACAGACCUCACGGAAAGUCAAUGACAGGUCUGGGGCAGUUGAGGGAGAGAUCUGAGAGCAUUUCUUUGUCUCCAGGGGGAGUUUCAGAUGCCACUGGAUCAACCACAGGAUCUGUCAUCAAAGGGGCGGGACAAGUUCCAGGAUACAUGGCUACACCACGGAGGAGUCUUAGCUCUGCACCAAGUCUUGGGAGCUCAUCUGUGAAGUCAAGCCUGGGUGGUGCAUCAGUGAAGGCCUCCAUGUCAGGGUUAUCGGGGAAAGGAGGGAUGUCAGUCGCACCGUCAAGAACAAUAGGAGGUAUGUCAGUCACCCCGUCAAGAACAAUAGUACCUUACUCUCCAGGGAGAGUAAGCGCUGUUCAAUCACCUGGAGGGCCGCGUAGCAGGAGAAGCUCUGGGAGCUCUGUGGGAAGCUCUCCACCUGGAUUAAAUGGUGACCUUAGAGUUGGAAUAAAGCAGGACAUGAAGAGUCAAAGGCGAGCAGAGCUGCAUGAGUACUAUCCCAAGAAGGAGGAUUAUUGGGCGGCAUCCCCUCGGAGGUCAAGUUCUGGGAAACCUUGUGUGGCUGGGAGAUCAACCUAUCUGCAGACAACACCUCUUACCCUGGACUCCGACACUGUAAAUGCAUUCCGUGGUGAGGAUACCGGCUUUGAUUUGCUUGCACCAAUUUCUUCGCUAGAUACCUCGUUCCAGUGCCCGCCAGACUCACUGCGCUAGCUCAAUUUUUUGGAAUGCUCGUUAUGGCAUUUCUACCAAUGAGACUUCAGCAGCAACGGUGGCUGUGGCAAUCAGAAAAACUGGUGCCACGAGACAUAGGUCAGGGGUUGAAGAUCAUGUGAACAUCUCCCCAGGGGGCCAUUACGUGGAGUAGGAUGUCUACGACGGAGUUCUGCUGCAGGGCAGUAAUGGGGAAGGAAGUCUUGUGGCCAGGAACGGGCUCAUUUCAUGUGUAUUGGCAUCUGAUCAAAGAGAGGUCAAGGAGUGUCAUGACAGCUGAAGAGAUAAAGUACCUAUCAGUUG